GUGAGUGUUACGACCAACCAGGCGGUACAGUGAAACUGCUGCUGACAGCGUUCAAGAGCCCUGGAGAUCAAUCAGCAGCAAUUGUCUUUAGCAGACCUCUCAUUGCUUCAGGAGUUGGUGAUUGAGUUAAUUGCAUGCUGUUAUAAGUGACGGAAACAUUAUCGCUACGAAGGUGAUGGGUGGGAAGCAGUCACGCAGCCUGUCCAACUCAGAGUUGAAUGAGGUGAGUGUGGGCCAAAGGAGGAAGGGUACAAUUAGAGACGAGCAGCCCAGCCUGUCCUGGGCAGCGGAGAGGAUCCGUAAACAAACCAGCGUCCACUUUGGUUUCAGUACUCUGAGUUUAGCCAUGCGGGGGUUGGAUGAAACCCCCGCUGAGCUGUGGGAGCUCCAGGACCUUCAGAAACUCAACUUGUCCAUGAACUGUCUGUGCUCCUUGCCUCCCGCUCUGGGCUCUCUGGAUAAUCUGGUGAUUCUCAACUUAUUGGGAAACAGCCUGUCCAGCCUCCCCCCUGAGAUCGGCCUGCUGAAGAAGCUUCGCGUGCUGUUCGCCUGUCGCAACCGCCUGAGUGAAGUCCCUGAGGAGCUGGGCUCCUGCACAUGCCUGGAGGUGCUGAGCUUGGCCAACAACCAGAUCUCCAGCCUCCCCAGCAGCUUGGCUGCCAUGCAUCAUCUGACCAAACUCAACCUCAGUCACAACCGCAUUGUUCACAUCCCCACCUGUGUCUACAGCAUGAAAGGACUGGUCUUCCUGCACUUGGCCUGCAACCGCUUGGAGACCAUAGCAGAUCAGAUUCAGGACCUGGUUAACUUGAAGAUCCUGAUCGUGGAGGGAAACAGCAUACACACUCUUCCAAAGACUUUGUGUUUCUUGGAUUCAUUAGAGCUUCUGAAUGUGGACUUUAACGAGCUGCAAAGUGUGCCUGAUGAGAUGUACCAGCUGAGCAGACUCAGGCGGUUAGCCUGCCACCCACUGGAUAAAGGACUUCAUAUAAUUCACAACCCGCUCCUCAAGCCUAUCCAUGAGGUGCUGCAAGGUGGACUCAGUGCCCUGUAUAACUACCUCAAGCCUACUUAAACAAUCACCACUGUUUGUGUGUGUAUCUGUAUGCUGUUUGAUGAUUCCUUGGCACCCUGACGGCCAUGCACCAUUUGACCAAACUCUCUCUGAUGUUUCUACAGCAAUGGUCUCAAACGCCAGUCCUCAAGAGCAUGUGUCCUGCAACUUUUAGAUGUGUCUCUGCUUCAAAACACCUGGGUCCAAUGUUAGCUCAUUAGCAGAACUCAGUGGAGGCUAGUGAAGCAGUUUAGUCAUUUUAUUCAAGCAUGUAGGACAUUUAUGCAAGACUCUGGCCCUCAAGGAUUGCCGUUAGGUCUAGAGCAUGAUAGGCCUGGUCUUCUUUCACUUGGAAGCAGUGGCUUCCAAAUGAUUGCAACCCAUUGCUAACCAGAUUCAGGGCCUGGUUAAUCUGAACAUUCUGAUCAUAGAGAGGAAUAUUACAUGCACACAUAAAGAUUCUGUGUUUCUUGGAGUGUUCAGGGCUCCGUAAUUCAACAACUGAGCAGACUCAAUGAGCUGGCAUGCCUUCUAAUGAAUAUUUGCCAUUAACCAUAUUGGAUUUCAUAUUAUUUAGAACUAGUGGUGGUUUUUAAUAAGGAGGAUAUGGCUCUCCACCCAGGGUGGCAUGGCCUGAGGAUCCCCAUUAGCACUUAAAUAAAUUACAUUUCUAGUUAAUGAGGUUCAGGACACUCUGGUACUUUGACCAGUGCAAACAUGGCAAGAAAAUAUAGCUGAUAAAUGAUGCUACUGUUGGUGUCUGAGCUGGAGCUUCCAGGUUGAUCCUAAUUUUAAGUGGUAUAUCACAGUUUUUGUUUUGUUUUUUAAAUUAGGGCUGGAAAAAGUAGUCCUUCUGAAUUUGAAAUAGUUUUUGUGAAGUACAAGACUAAUAUUGAACACAUCAAUAUAUUUCUGAUAAAUUGAAUAUGAGAGAAGGAUUUGGUGUUGUGGUACAAAAAUAUUGGGAUGGAUUUAUGAAAGAGUUCACCACUGUAAUAUAACUCUUCUCUUAAGCUUGUCCAGGAGGCAGUGCAAGGUUAAAUAAGUGCUCUCUGCAGUUACUUUAAGCCCAAAUGAGGAACUGUUACCAUGUGCUUUCAAGUUUGUGUAUUCAAAGCAUGAUUAUUAUGUUAUAAGUCUAAUAUUGUUUAAAAUUGUCCACUUUACCAGUAUGACUCUGUAAAGAUAUACCAAAUUUUGCUUGAAUAGCAUUAUAGUUCUUUGUAUUUGCAAAUCUAGUUUUGUUAUGUAAUGGGGUCAAGAUAAGUUGUUCAGCUGGUGUUAAAAAUUCACAAGUCUACAUUUGGGUGCUGAUUGCUCAUCGGCUGAUCCUGGUGUUGCAGUGUGAGUCUGACAGGGGUAAGUUUAACUACAGAGCAACUCUCCUCAUUGUAUUCAGGUCACAUGGAUCAGGUGUGUAAAGUCAGUGGAAAGAACAGCAGAGCAGGACUGGGGGUGUUGAAGAUUCCUCAACAGAUUAAAAGGAAACACACACACACACAACAUGGAGACGAUUAAAUAUUGUUCCAUUCAUCAGAUCAAAGCAUCAGCGGGUGAUCCGUGUUGCAACACCAAGCAGCUGACAAUAAAGAUGGGAAUAAAAUGUUUUCCAACCACAGUAAAGGUAAAUUUCUAAAACUGAAUGUCCACUGCAAUGUUUCUAAGGUUUAGGAAAAGCAACUUUUGUUUCUUCAAAAACAACUCAAUUUCUAUGCAACUAAAUUACAUUUUUACAUAUUCAGACUUUGCUACUGGUCAAAUCAAAUUGCCCAUUCUGAAAAAGCCCAACCAAAAACAACAGGUGCAGUGUUCAUAUUCCAAAAAGUGUGACUUGUUUUAUGCUGCAAUGCACAUCUAAUCACUGAAAAUAUGAAGGAUUUUACUCUUGUGAAAACAGUCUGUUCCGAAAAAGUAUUAGUAGCAUAAUAAAAAGAAAAUUAAACAUACUUUGACAUAAUAUAAAGCUUAUUAUGAGUUGAAGAAGUAGUUUUUAGUUGUUGUUUUUUUCUUUGAGUUAUCUCAGUCUAAAGACAAAAUUAGUUAUACUUGCUCAGUGGUGGUAUGAAAAUAUGUGCAUUUUCCCCCAAAAACCCCUUUUUCUGAUUUAACUAUGUGUUUGCAAAAAGAAGGAAAGGUUUUAGAUUAUAAAAUAAUCUUUUGAAGAAUUUCAGUUCAGUGUCAAAUUAUAGUAGUUAAGCCCCACGAUGACAGAAAUCCACUUUGGAAGUGGCUCCUCUCUGACUUAGCAUUAGAUUGAAAGUUUAGACAUCAAACUUAAUGUCUGAGGUUCAAACUUGUCAAUUCAACUUCAAAAUCUUGAGUAACAGUGUUAUGUUCAUGUGCCUCUGUCAUGAUAUGUCUAUGGGUGAUAUUAAAUUAGUAAUUUUAGUGGAAAUAAAUGAAUUUUUAAAUUAAAUUUUCCCAAAAAAUAUUUACAAAAAGUAUGUUCUUUGUUUGAUAUGUUUAGAAACUUCAAUUUCUCAGUGUUGGUAAAGUUCAUAUGAAACAUCCAUGUAUUUAAAAAUGUUAGAUAAACCAACAUCGGUCGCAGGUUGCCAUAUUUGUUGACACAUGUUAACCUAAAUGACCUUAAAUACUAAAUUCUGCCUUAUUAUUCUAAAAUGAAAUACAGUAAAAUCAAUCAAUGAAGUGGUUAAAGAUUAUUGAAUCUAGCUGAAAUCAACAAAAUCCUGAUAAUCAGCAACCUACUGCUGUACUUUUCUAUACAUUGUCAGAACAUGGAUUGUAUAUUGUAGUAAUCUGGUUGUACAGUGUGUUUUCAGCAUUAAAAAUAGCACAAA